AAGAGAACAUGGGGCAAGACUCGAGAGUUUGAUUACAAUGAAAAAGGUGGGAGCAAGGGCAACCCCAGUUGGAAAUAUAAAACAUAACACAAAUUGAAUGUAGACGCUUUAGCGGAUAAGAACUUCGCCCAUCAAUCACUGUCAGAAUUUCAGAUGCGGCUAUACGUCCCAACUUAAAACUCAAUCUCUUCCUCUUUAAUAUAAACCGUGCCGUAACUUAACCCAUUUUAUCAACUCAGCUUCUUCUACAAAUUCGUUGUUGCCUCGGAUUAGAUUACCCUGCUUUUUUAUGUUACACCCCUUUUAAUUAGUUUGUAGAUAUGCAAAGGGGUGGGAGGAAUGGGGAUUAUCACUCUGGAUUUAGAUGCUUAAUAAGGAGAAAGAAGGCUGAUUCUAAUGAUAACCAGGGUGGUCAGCAGCUCGCCAGAACACUCACUGCUUUCGACCUCAUUGCUAUUGGUAUCGGAUCAACUAUUGGAGCUGGUGUUUACAUUCUUGUUGGAACAGUUGCUAGAGAGUAUACAGGACCUGCUAUUGCUAUUUCUUUUCUUAUAGCUGGAAUUGCAGCUGGACUUUCAGCAUUUUGUUAUGCGGAGCUGGCUUGUCGCUGCCCAUCGGCUGGGAGCGCUUAUCAUUAUUCUUAUAUUUGUGUUGGAGAAGGUGUUGCUUGGUUGAUUGGUUGGUCUAUGAUAUUGGAAUUUACGCUUGGCGGCGCAGCUGUUGCUCGUGGGAUAUCUCCAAAUGUGGCAUUGUUCUUUGGAGGAAUGGAUAAGUUGCCUGCAUUUUUAGGCCGUCUUAACAUUUAUGGCACAGUAGUAGAUCCGUGUGCAGCAAUUUUGGUUCUACUUGUAACAGGACUCCUCUGCACUGGAAUCAAGGAGAGUUCACUGGUUCAGGCCACUGUUACAACUAUAAACAUUGUUGCCUUAGUUUUCAUCCUUAUAGCUGGUGGAAUUGUUGGUUUUAGAACCGGAUGGAAAGGAUACCAAAUCUCUAGCGGGUAUUUUCCUUUUGGCAUCAAUGGGAUUCUUUCUGGAUCUGCAGCAGUGUUCUUUUCCUAUGUUGGAUUUGAUGCAGUAACCAGCACAGCUGAGGAGGUGAAGAAUCCUAAUCGAGAUAUGCCACUUGGUAUAGGCAUGUCAGUGGCUACCUGUUGCAUUUUCUAUAUGCUUGUAUCUUCUGUGGUAGUUGGUUUAGUGCCAUACAAUGAAUUAGAUCCAGACACCCCUAUCUCGUCAGCUUUUGCUAGCUAUGGGAUGGGUUGGGCAGUAUACAUAAUAUCAACAGGAACUGUUACUUCUCUUUGUGCUGCUUUAAUGGGUGCAAUUCUUCCCCAGCCCCGCAUAUUAAUGGCAAUGGCUAGAGAUGGGUUGUUACCAUCAUUCCUUUCACACAUUAACAAACGCACCCAAGUUCCGGUCAAGGGCACAAUAUUGACUGGCAUCUUUAUUGCAGCCCUAUCAUUUCUUAUGGAUGUUUCAGAAUUGGCAGGAAUGGUUAGUGUAGGUACACUACUAGGAUUCACCGCUGUUGCAGUUUCAGUGUUAAUAUUAAGAUACGUUCCGCCAGGCGAAGUAUCUGUACCAUCAACAGUCUCAGAAUAUGAUGUUUCUGUCUCAUUACCAUUGAGCACUGAAACCCAAGAUAUAUAUGGGGAAAAUCCUGAAGAUUCUGUUAGACAUCCUCUCAUAGAUAAAGGAGUUUCCCAAAAUGGAAGUAGUGAACUGUUAAGAAGAAGAAUAGCUUCUUGGAGCAUAGCCCUUGUCUGUAUAGGGGCUCUUGUUCUCUCAUCUGCAGCUUCAGCUAAAGAUCUUCACAGCAUUCCUCGCUAUACCUGUUGCACAAUAGGAGGUGCUCUUCUGCUGUGCUGUCUGACUGCAUUGACCUUUAUCAAGCAAUAUGAUGACAUACAAAUUUCAGGGCAAACCAUUGGUUUCAAGUGUCCAUAUGUUCCUUUCUUACCGGUUGUCUGCAUUCUUAUAAACACAUACCUACUGAUAAAUCUGGGGGCUAGCACAUGGACUCGGGUUAGUGUAUGGCUUCUAGCAGGAGCAUUGCUCUAUCUAUUCUACGGUAGGAAGCACAGCUUAUUAUCAGGCGCUAUUUUGGUUCCAAGUGCAGACCCUUUCAAUACAUCUGCUGCUCAUCCAAGAACUGAUUAGGAUAGCCACACACUGUCGGCAAAUCAUGUUUCAUAUGUACCCUCUUAAGGUAUUUUGUUGUAUUGUGAUAAAUAUUCAGUUGUAUAUCAUCAAAAUUGAGCCUGUAACAUACAAGGAAUUGUAAACAUGUGGGGAUUGAGCUGUACUUCAGGAAUCAGGACAUGUUGUAUUGAAGUGUAUAAAAUACAAGAAAGUUAUACUUCAA